AUGGCUUCACAUGUGAUCAAUGGCACAGCGCAGGAUCUGAUAUCGUCGUACUAUGCCCAAGGAAAACAGACCUUCAUCAUUCCCCUCACAUUUCCUGAUGUCACACAAGCAGGCAGCAACCUCGAAAGAAUCGGCUAUGGAGGCGAUGUGUGGGAGCUUCGAGUCGACCUGCUAAGGCCAGACGAGUUGACCAAGGUGCCCUCAAAGGACUAUGUGCUCUCGCAACUGAAUUGGUUGAGACGAGGCUCGGAUCUGCCCAUCAUAUUCACCAUACGGACAGUUUCGCAAGGAGGCAAGUUCCCGGAUGAUGCAGCACCGGAAGCCCUUGAAUUGAUGCUUCUCGCCGCCCAGUAUGGUUGCGAGUAUAUUGAUGUGGAGUUUCCUUGGCCCCAGUCUCUGAAGCAGGAGAUCGUCAAGCACAAGGGGGGUAGCAAACUUAUCGCCUCUGUUCACGACUGGACUGGAGAGAUCAGAUGGUCAGACUCACUAUUUGAGCACUACAUCAAACACAAUACUUACGGAGAUAUCCUGAAGCUCAGCUUUCAGGCUACCAGCAUUGAGGAUUGCCAUGAACUGGCAUUACUACAGCGGAAAUACAAGACACAAUCGAGCAAACCCAUCAUCUCAGUGUCCAUGGGUGCGGCAGGGCAACUGUCUCGCAUCGUCAGCCCGGUCUCGUUUGUCACGCAUCCUCUUAUACCGGCGCCAUCCGCACCGGGCCAGAUCUCCCUCGCACAGGUCAACCAAGCAAAGCAUCUCAUGGGUCAACUGCCCAAACGCAAUUUUUACAUCUUCGGGAACAACAUCUCUCAUUCACUGAGUCCCACCAUCCACAACACUGCGUUUGCCGAGCUAGGCUUGCCACAUCAUUAUUCGAUACAUCAAACUCUGCGGAUCGACGAUACCGUGCGCGAUCUGAUCCAGAGCCCUCAGUUCGGCGGCGCGUCGGUCACGUUCCCCCACAAGCUGAACAUCCAACCGCUGUUGGAUUCCGAGUCCGACGCUAGCACCCGACUUGGAGCAGUGAACACAGUCAUUGCCGAGGACAAUGGCACAGGCCGCCGGACGCUGCGGGGGGAGAACACCGAUUGGAUUGGUAUCAUGAGGUGCAUCCAGGGUAGCGGAUUGACCAAGUUCGACGUGGGUAUCGUGGUGGGGGCUGGAGGUGCGGCGCGCGCGGCUGUGUACGCCUACCGGCAGCUGGGUGUUCAGCAGAUAGCUCUCGUGAAUCGAACCAGGAGCACGGCAGAACGGCUGGUGGCAGACUUCUCCCCUUCCAAGAUCGACAUUUACACGUCCCUGGCCGAAGCGCCACCCGCAGACGUGAUCGUCAGUUGCAUUCCCGCCGACGACGUGACCGAAGCCGACAUCCCAGAGCACAUCUUCGCGAGCGGCGCCGGGGUGGUGAUUGAAAUGUCGUACCGCCCUCCAGUUUCUGCCCUCAUGCGGGUCGCGUCACGUCAACCCGGUUGGAAGGUGGAAGAUGGCGUGGCUGUGUUGAAAGAGCAAGCAUAUUGCCAGUUCGAAGUGUGGACGGGCAGGCGUGCUCCGGUUUUGGUGAUUCGAGAAGCGUUAGAUAAGAGAAACGCGGCCAAGAUGUAA